ACACUCACACCGAAAGCGCCUCAACUCUGAAGGCGCUACAGCAACGUCGCCACUUCACUCACGAUUGGAGUUUCACCUCGGCAGCCCAGCCAGCCAGUGGUUCCUCGGCUCGGAGGAACAGGCGAACAGCAAGAGCUUCUGAAGAUGAAGGCGAUCCCCGUGGCUCUCCUGCUCCUCGUCCUGGUUGCUGCCGCCUCCUCGUUCAAGCAUCUCGCCGAGGCAGCAGACGGCGGCGCGGUGCCGGACGGCGUGUGCGACGGCAAGUGCCGCAGCCGGUGCUCGCUGAAGAAGGCCGGGCGGUGCAUGGGCCUGUGCAUGAUGUGCUGCGGCAAGUGCCAGGGCUGCGUGCCGUCGGGGCCGUACGCCAGCAAGGACGAGUGCCCCUGCUACAGGGACAUGAAGUCCCCCAAGAACCAGCGCCCCAAGUGCCCCUAGGCCCUACCGCUCUAAGGGAGGGAGGAUGACCCAGGAUUUCGCUCGCGAUCCUGCACAGCUUCUAGUCUUGUACUGCUAGUUUAGCGCGCCGAGCGUCGGAAUGUCGCGACGGUUCCUUCCGUGCUUGUGUGCUGUGUUUCUCCUCGGACGUGCUAUAACCUAGAAUAAUAACCAAUGCACUGUAUCUGUGUGCUUGUCUUU